AUGUCUCGUUUUCGCGGUCCAGCGGAAUACGUCUCUAAGGCAAAGCAUCGAUGGGCUGGUCAUAUAAUGAGAAGGACAGGCAACAGAUGGACACUAAGAACUCUGGAAUUAAAGCAAAACGUCCUUGAUGGAGGCCACCGACCAGAUGGGCUGACGCGUUGCACGGAUGGACCAGAUGUAUUCUCAGCUGGUAAGCGUAAUGGAUCUGGACCUCGCGAACUUCGCCGCGGCAGUUCAGUACCCACAUCGUGGAUAACGCUAGCGAGAGACAGAAACGGAUGGGAACAGUCUGUGGCCUGCACGACAAUUCUUGCUUUUCCAACCAUAGUUUCAGCGUUCCCGGAGGGUAUGGAAUUGGGACAGGUUGAGGAGGGUAUGGAGGAGGAGCAGAUUGAGGUGGGUAUGGAAGUGGAGGUGGAGGAGGGUAUGGCUGAGAAUUAUGGUGAGGAGGAUAUGGAUGAGGAGGAAGUGGAAGUGGGAUAG